UAUCGGAGGAUAGACUUCUUCGGCACAUGCUUCCUCGCACCGGUCUCAUUUCUCUCUCGGAGAAUGAAAAGAAAAAAAAAACAAAUGCCUCGUGCCAACCCAUUCUUCUCCAUUAUUCGGCUGGACAAGCUCAAAUUGUCAUGGGUCACUAUCUUAUAAAAAACAUGAGAGACCACUGCGUUCGAGUUCUCCUUUUCUUUGCUCAUGGACUCCGCCGCUUUUAUCUCCCGCUUACCGAUCAGCCUUUACGGUUAUGUGCCCGAGCAAACUGACUGUAUCGUAUUCUUGGUCUUGUUCUCAGUUUCAACGGCUCUUCAUUUCGUCCAGGCAAUCGCCUUUCGCCAAUUAUGGGUCUUUCCUACUAUUUUCCUGUGUGGUGUUGCUGAGAUUAUCGGAUGGAGCUGCCGGUUGUGGUCAUAUAACAACGUUUUUCUUAUACGGCCCUUCGAAGUCCAGUACUUUUGCCUCAUGAUUGCCCCAGUAUUCCUUUUCGCUGCAAAUAUCGUGAUCUUCGUUCGGAUUGUUCAGCGGUUGGGACCAUGGUAUAGCCCACUCAAACCUCGCUACUACCUGAUUAUCUUCGCCUUCUUCGCUGUGGUUGCCGCGAUCGUUAUGACAGUCGGUCUCGGCGUCGCCCUAGGGGCCGUUCCAGGCCUCGAUUUGGACCAGGUCAACACGGGCGUCAACGUCGUCCUGGCUGGCGUUGCUAUUCACCUUUUCGCCCUCGUCCUGUAUCUUACCCUCUCUGGAUUCUUCUUCAUCCGACAUUCUCUCGAUUUACCGAGCAGCGAAGCUGUGGAAAGCUCUCAAGGAACGAUCAUUCCUCGUUCACCGUGGGACAAGCAGGUCCUCGUAUUGAGCUUAGCGCUGAUGUUCGAUAUGACUUGUAUCCUCGUUCGAACGAUUUACAGAACCCUUGAGCUCAGUUAUGGAAUAUUUGGAAGAUAUAUGGUCACUGAGCGGUUUGUCGUUGCGAUGGAUGCUGCGAUGAUGGUGGCGGCGAUGGUUCUAUGGAAUCUCGUGCAUCCGGCACUAUUUAUGAAGCGUCGCAUUGCUAUCGAAUAGAUGUCCCUACGCAAUGAUACUCCUUAUCAGCAAUGAAAUGCUGACAAAUCAUCUUACUGCAAUGGAAGUUUGGAUCCACAUGCGUCCAUAGUUUGAAGAUGCCUUGCUUCAGGCACAAGCAAUCAGAGCCGCCCAUUUUUUCACGAGGAAAAGUAAUGCGACAUAAGCCCGAAUGAGCCCAUGCAUUAGCCGUCGCAACGCGAGCUUAACGGCUACUUUCUCAAAUGAUUGUUCAUCCUUGUGGUGAUAUCUGAAAGUGUGCCACUGGUGUUUUGGCCAUGGAGCGGCCUGGUCCGUUGUGGCUUCAGCCUCGGGUCACAGCUCAUGGUUCAGUUAAUUCUGCAUAU